UGUGCCGGCAAAUCCUCCAGUCGUCUAUGUUGAGAAGGCAGCGCCCAAAUAGAAUCCAAGAUAAGUGAUUGCUGUAGAGAAAUACACAUGGCAAUCCUAGGAGCCCAGCUCGUGUUCAGUCUCGUCGUUUUCAGCAUUUUGCAGAAGUUGGCAAAACAUUUCUCUUUUGGGCGAUGGCUUUUGUGUGGGAAGCUUUUUCGCUUUUUGCAUCCUACAGAUGCUCAGAUAAAAGAAGUUGCUGGCCUUCCUAACUCAAAUGCACCCAACAAAGCUAAAAACAGAAAAUUUGAUAACCGCAAAGAUAAGAAUGGUGCUGGAAAUGCUGAAGGGUUUUCUGUACCUAGGAACAUUCCUCUUGAGUUAGAUACAGCAAAAGUGGAGCUUCUAGAUCUCUUACAGCUCAAGUUUUUCGAUGAAUACCAAUGGCUUAUGGACUUUUCAGCAUCAGCAGUAGUUGUGUACAUAUUAACAGAAAUCUAUUACACAUUAGGACCGAGGUCUGAAAUGAACAUCAGUGUUCUAUGGUGUUUGUUAGCAAUAGGAUUCUGUCUACGUUUGUUAAUUGCCCAAACAGCCAUGUAUUUUAAGUCGGAUGAGGGUGGAGAGAAGAUUCUAUGUAUAACCUUUGGGUUCUUCUUCUUGGUGGUUGCUAUGGGUGUACUUGUCAUUGACUCCAAUACAUUGGAACUUGGAUUGCAGGAGGGAUACAGUAAUUUUUCAGAAAGUGCAACAAAGUUUCUGAAAGAACAAGGACUGGAAUCACAUGGACCUGUAUCAUUUCUGACCUUCAAAAUCAUCUUGACAUUUCUAUGUUCUUUCAUAGGUGCUCUUUUAACAUUUCCGGGAUUACGCUAUGCAAAGCUGCACCUUGACACUCUAAAAUAUCACAAAGAGCGUCGAGUAAUGCAAGCUCUUUUACAGCUUAAUUUUAUUCUGCCACUGAUCAUUUUAUUGAUGUGGUUCAAACCUAUAGGGAGAGAUAUAAUUUGUGCAAAGCACUGGAAGGUGACAUAUCGUCUAAUGGACGAGCCAAUGUUUGAAAUUUGGAGAAUUGUACUGGUUGUUAUAUUCGUAGUACUCCGGUUUUCCCUCUUGAUACCUCAUCUACAAAGCCAUCUCAAUGUAGCUUACAUUCGAAUGGAGAAUUUGAAGAAAGAAUCUGGCCGUGUAAACAGUGUGGACUUGCAGAAGAUGGUGGCUCGUGUAUUCUAUUAUCUUUGUGUUGUGGCACUGCAGUAUAUUACCCCUCUAGUGUUCCUUUUGUUUCUGACAUUUUUGCAUAAAACUCUCGGUGAAUUCUCCUGGUCAGCCAUGUUUGGAAAGAGUGCAGAGAGUUAUGUUACAUCCUUCAGUGCAGGGAAAGUUAACAUUGCCCCUAGCAAUGCUACUACACCCAUUCAUGAGCCAGACAGUGUAACAGAGGCAGCUGCUCAGUUCUCCUGGGCUAUGACUAACUUGAGACUUGUCUUCUCUCCUAUGUGGUACCGAGGACUCAUGGCCUUCCUGGUCUGGUGGGUAGGAGCCAGCUGGUUUACUUGUACAGCCUUCGGAAUCUACUACUACUCAAGCAUAUCUUCUUAGUAUCGGGGGUAAAAUCUGGGUUGGGGGUGAAUAGCUUCAUGUGUUCUGAGAAUUAUUUUUGGCUUGUGAUUUGUUAAUUGAUCCAUGUAUUUGGUUUCCAAAAUGCUUAAAGAAUUAAAACCUAGUCAAAUAAAUAUUGAUAGAGAUAACAAAUGAUAAUAUUGGUGCAGAAGUGAAAAGUAUUUUUGUCAUGUUCAUUACAAUGCUGGUAUCAUUGUUACAUGGUAUUGCCAUUUUGAUAUUAUUUAUGUUAAUAAAUGAUUCAAGAUCAGAUGUUCAGAUGUUUGAAAUGUCAUGAUAUAACCAGGAAAAACUAUGUGCAUAUGUUUUGGGGUUGUUAAAAAUGAUUCUAAGAGAACAUGCAGUUGAUUGGAGUGGUUUGAUGAUGAUUUUCCUUUUCCUUCGCUACAACAGUGUUUUCAUUUUAGCCCUAUUAAGACAUCUUUUUCUGUUUCAAUACAUUUUUUUUUUGCCUCGAUAUAUAUAAUCAAUAUUAAAUUAGAAAUUGAUAGAAUAAAUCCUGAAAAAUUCACAUUUAUAUUUUCAUUGGGAUUUUCCAGUUUUUCAAAUACUUUUUUUAUUCUGGGUAAGAUCACACAUGCUGUUAGCCUACAUAUUCACUUUACCUGUAUUUGCUGUACCAAAAACUUUGUAUUUCUAUUUUAAAGCAGUCUUCAAUAAUUUUCUCUAUAUACCGUCUGUAUCAGAACAUUUAAUGAUCUCAGUAUGUGGCUGGCUCUUGCAGUCAAAUUUUUAUUUCACAUUACAACAAACCUAUCACUUCUUUUCACUGAACUGAUCAGUAUUAUAGAGUAUUAUAGAAAACAUAUAUCUUUGAUUUUCCUUCAUGUUUAUGAUCUUCACAGGUAGCUAAAGUUUGAUAUGCAGAAUGCAGUUCACUGUGUCAAAAUGAUUAGAGUUGACACUAAAAUACUUAGAAUAUUCAAAUAUAGAAUUUUUGUCAUUGAGAUAACCAGACAUGUCAUUAAAAGAUAAAUGAUUCCCAAAUAUCCAUUCCAUCUUAAAAGUUAAAAAAUUAUCAGGUUUUGAGAAUGAUGUGGUUCUAUCUUUCCAUGUAACAGUCUUGAUAGAUGUGCUUCGCUGUAUUCAGUCAAAAUUUGAGGUGGUGAUCUGUUAUACAAGUAUAUAUAGAGGAGGUGAUAAAGGUAUCAUUGUGGGGAGGCAGGGAUACAAUUUUUUCUUGAGAGAUAUAUUUAUUGUUUUUUUCACUUAAUGUUGCCAUGGUAAUCAGUAGAAAAAACCCCAAUUAAUUUCAGGAUUCUAAUGCACACAGUCUUGGAACAAUUCUAUAUCAAUUCUGUUUUUACCAGUACCUGUAUAUUUCUGUUUGAUAUCCAUGACCAAUCAUUUAUUUUAGAUUCUGAGGAAGACAAAAUAAAUCUGAUUAGAUAUUCAAAUAUCUCCUAUUUCAUGCAAAUUUGGACAUAGUGCCAUAGCAAGUUUUAAAAAGAAUACAAAAUUAGAGGAAAUUGUUAAGGAUUUCAUGAAAAGGCAUUUUGAAAUUUGCUGAAUUUUUACUUUUUGGACAAGAAAUGACUCAAGCCAAUGGAGAGUCAUUGUUUACCAUUACCAAAUCAUGGUGUUAAAAAAGUAAUCUAAUUCCAUGUCGAUGUGGUGCUGCUUUUUUGGUAGUUGCCUUGUUAAUUUUUAUUUCCUUUUUUGGGGGAGGGGAGAGGUGAACAAAACUUAUAAAUAUGAGAGCUAUGAGUUAACACUUCCGAUUGAAAUCUAAUGAAAGCUGGGGGUAUUAUCAAAAGGAAUGCAUUUACCCAUACCAUUUCAAGUGUAUUAUUUAGAUAUAAUGAAGUGUUGCAAUUCUUAACAUAAUGUAUGUAUUUUGUGUUUGUUUGUUUGGUUUGGGAAAAUUGAAUCAUUGCAUGUGUAGAUAGUAUUUGAUAUGGUAUGGAUAUAGGCAAAAUACCUCUCUAUCCAUAUCUGAGAAAUUUCCUAGAAAGAACUAUUUAUAGCAACUUCAAGAGUCUUGAGGUCAAGGUAUUGACUUACAUAUUUCUGUAAAUAAAACAAGUAAAGAUAUAAUUGGUGCUUGUGAAUGUUCUGUGCACAUUGUUACUGUAAUUUUAGAGAAGUAUAUAUCUAAAACUAUUUAUAGUCGGUCAGUUUUUUCAGACUGAUUCUCAUUAUUGCUGGAAUCUUGAAAAUCUUCAUUUAGUUGGUAAAAUUAGGGUAAACUGGGUUUUUUUUUUUUUUGCAGAAAUGAUUAUUUUCUGUCAAAACAAUACACUUGUCUAAUAUUUCAGAGAUCACUGUACCUACGGCGAAAUAAGCAACUCUGACGUUAACUGAUAAACUGGUCUGAUUAUAAUUCAAGGAAGAAUAUAAAAAGUCAUCUGUAUGUUUAUUGUGAGUUCAUAUCUCCACAAAUACUUGUAAAUGAUAUGGCUUGUGUAUUAGGAAUGUUGGAAUGUAUUAAUGUUGAUCAACGCAUGUUUAUCCAGGAGUAUCUCAUUUUACAAAGUUUUUAAUAAAAGAAAUGAUGAAAGA